AUGAGCAACGAAUCAGUGAAGGAAGAAGACGAAUUUGUUCUGAUUGAUCUUGACGAUGUUACGAGGCACAUUGACAUUCCCUCAGAUGCUCCAUAUACUUUAUCAGGAUUGGAUACUUUGAAUCCGGUCUUGACCAUUGAUGGGAAAAUCAAGCUUGUUGGAGAGUAUAUAGAGACAAUUGGUACAUGCCUUGCAUUCUCUGACAAGGAAGAAGUUCCCGCGGAUGAAAGCCAAACGGCGAAGAAGAAGCUUGUCGAACCUGUUGCCAAAAUCCACAAGAUUCUUAAGUUUCGGUUAGCAUUCGACAAUGGCGAUAAAAAAACAAACACAACCAAUUGGUAA